AAUGUCAAGUCUGAGGAUAUUAGUGCCCGUAAAGCGGGUUAUCGACUAUGCGGUCAAACCCCGUGUCAACCGCGCCCAAACCGCCGUCGAAACCGCCAACGUAAAACACUCAAUGAACCCCUUUGACGAGCUCUCCAUCGAAGAAGCCGUGCGCGUGCGCGAGCAAAAAGGGCACCACACCUCCGCGCCCAAAGUCGAAGAAAUCGUCGCUUUCAGCGCCGGCCCGCCGAAAUCCCAGGACAUCCUGCGCACCGCAAUGGCCAUGGGCGCCGAUCGCGGCCUGCACGUUGUGGUCGAGGAAAAGGACGCCUUGGAGCCAUUAGGCGUUGCUAAGCUGUUGAAGAAAGUCGUCGAUGAGAACAAGAGCAGUUUGGUCAUUCUGGGCAAGCAGAGUAUCGAUGAUGAUGCGGGGCAGACGGGACAGAUGCUUGCGGGUCUGUUGAAUUGGCCACAGGCGACACAGGCGUCGAAGAUUACUUUCAAGGAUGAGACGGUGGAGGUUAUUCGCGAAGUUGAUGGCGGUGUGGAGACGCUCAAGGCGAAGCUGCCCAUGGUCAUCACAACAGAUUUGCGCUUGAAUGAGCCGAGAUAUGCUAGUUUGCCGAACAUCAUGAAGGCCAAGAAGAAGAAGCUGGAUAAGAAGACUCUUGGCGAUUAUGGACUGGAUACCGAGUUGCGGUUGAAGACGGUCAAGGUGGCGGAGCCCGAGGCAAGAAAGGCGGGAGUCAAGGUUGAGGAUGUUGAUGGCAUGAUCAGCAAGUUGAAGGAGCUUGGUGCUUUGUAGGCAACGCUAGGAAAAGACAUGUAAAUAUAUGAAAGAUCUCACGAAGCAUGGAAUCAAAAUGAAGUCAGCCGGAUACCGGCUGACAUGAUUUAUUGC